CAGGCGGUCGUGAUACCGACAGGGGUCUCCGAGAAACCAACAAUCCCAAUCCCUACCUCCACUGUCGAUUUUCCCCUUCAUACACAGAAUCUAUGCCCUCACUUCAGCCUUACAGUGGCACUGUCCGGAAGCUCGUUCUCGGCAUCGACAUUGGCACCACGUAUUCGGGCAUCGCAUACGCUCUGCUUGACCCUGGCGAGGUGCCCAAGAUCCAUGGUGUUACGCGCUUUCCGGGGCAAGAGAAUGCUGCAGGCGACUCAAAAAUCCCCUCUAUUCUAUACUACCGUCAAGAUGGCUCAGUACAUUCUGCCGGUGCCGAAGCAGCUCUCCCUGGCAUGGAUUUAGAAGCUGAGGACCAGGAACUCGUGCUCGUAGAAUGGUUUAAGCUUCAUUUGAGGCCGGAGAGACUCGACUCCGGCGACUUCAGACGUCAAGACCUUCCUCCGCUCCCGCGCGGCAAGUCAGUUAUCGACGUCUUCUCCGACUUCCUCGGGUAUCUCUUCCGCUGCGCGAGUCAGUACAUUCGCGAGACACACGCAAAUGGGGAGAGUCUGUGGACAUCAAUCGAAGAUCGCAUCGAAUUUGUUUUGUCCCACCCCAAUGGCUGGGAGGGUCUUCAACAGGGCAGAAUGCGUCAAGCAGCCAUUACGGCUGGCCUUGUUCCAGACACUGCCGCGGGUCAUGCUCGAGUCCACUUCGUCACGGAAGGGGAAGCGAGCUUGAACUUCUGCAUUCAAAGUGGGCUCACAGAGGAAACCAUGCAGGAUGGCAAGACUGUCAUGAUUAUCGACGCGGGCGGAGGGACUGUCGAUAUCAGCACCUACACAUUCGUCUCCAUCUCUCCUGUGUCGGUGGAGGAGAUCACAUCAGCUGACUGUAUUCUUCAGGGCUCGACGCGAAUCAAUCUCAGAGCCGAGAAGUUCUUGAAAGAGAGACUGGCGUCUUCAGCUUACGGAAAUGACGAGGAUAUCAAGUCAAUGAUGGACUACUUCGACAAAUCGACAAAGCCGGUUUUCAAGGACCAUAAGGAAUCGUCGUACAUCAAGUUCGGUUCGAUGAGCUGCAACGACGCGAAACACAAGAUACGUCGUGGUCAGCUCAUGCUCAGCGGGGCGGAAAUGAGUUCAUUCUUUCAACCCUCUUUGGAUGCCAUCGUCGACGUCGUUCAAAAGCAGCGUCGAGAAGUCGCUAGUCCACUUGAGACUGUCUUCCUCGUCGGUGGCUUCGCUGCCAGUCCAUGGCUGCAUACUGCUCUGAAGAGUGCACUCGACGCUCAUGGAGUCACCCUGUGCCGUCCGGACUCCCACACGAGUAAAGCAGUCGCCAAUGGUGCCGUGUGCUUCUACCUUGAGCAAUUCGUCUCGGCACGAAUCAUGAAGAUGACAUAUGGUACCGGAGUUGCCGUCGAUUACGACCCCAACGAUCCGGAGCAUCAUCGACGCCGCGACAGCUUGUUCAUCCGUCCUUCUGGCAGGGUUAUGAUACGAAAUGGCUUCUCUACGAUCUUGAAGAAGGGAACGCGGAUGAGGGAGAGCGAGGAGAUCUCUCAGCCGUACAACAUUGAGGCCCGUAAUGUGAGAACGUUGGACAGUAUCGUCAGCGAUGUCCUUUGCUACAGAGGCAGAUCUGCUCAGCCCAAGUGGGUCGACGUUGAACCAGAAUUCUACACACCUCUUUGCACGGUGUAUGCCGACACAUCCAGGGUGAAGAAGGUAGCACAUAACGGGCCCGAAGGCCUGUACUACUUGCAGGAAUUCAAGGUUGUCCUUCUCUGUGGCCUUACCGAGCUCCAAGCACAAAUCAGCUGGGUAGAUGGGGGCGUUGAGCGUCGGGGCCCAGCCAAGAUAGUCUAUGACGAUGAUCUCGAAGUCUCGCACUAGAUCAGGACUUGGCUGCUGACCGUCAUGGAUGAGGUACUGUCGUCUAUUCCAAUUGUUCCUGAAAUUGUAUAUUUGAAGUUGAGUUCUGCAACUUGUUGGCGUCGAAUAGGAGUCGCGUUGGUAGCAUUUCUUGAGUGUAUAUUCAUGUAUCAGUAUCCGUCGUUCGUCGAGUACAGUCUACUACUAGGCGAAGCACCGCAGCAUAUAUCAUCAACCACUUGUCUUCGU